AUGACCGCCGCUUCAAGCGGCAGCGGUCAACCAUCGACCACCGGCUCCUAUUCGGUGAGAGAAAUCCUUGACAGAGAGAGGUACGAAUCCGAAGAGGAUGAUUUUUUGCGUGAGCUUGAGGAUAUGCGAGCAUCACUGCAGAACAGUGAACAGGAAGACGAGGUGGUACCACAGGAUCCAGCACCAAUCCUCAGCGUUCUCUGCAGUCUCGUAGACGAAAUCGGAUCUUUACGAACGGAAAAUCGCCGACUGAAGACGAGACUAGCACCACCACCUUCAAGAUCUAAGGUAGAGUAA